AUGAGGCCAUGCCUGUUCGGCCUCGUGGUGGCCCAGGCAAUGUGGGCCCCUGCCGCGGGCCUCCGAAGAGUCAAGAGUUUUAGGGAUGCCGUACUGAGCAGCCCGCAGUACCCAUGGAUGGACGAGGAGGUUUCCCAAGAGGGGCCCUUUGAAGCACUGUCGCAGGAAGACAACAGUUUUUUGCAGAGGGAUAACGACUUGCCGGAGGAGCCCCUCGACGAGGGCAGCGGGAGUAUGCAGGAGGAGGGGGCCGAAGCGAAUGAGCCCGAAGACACAGACGACAACCAAGCAGCACAGCAGCACGCCACCAACAAGGAGACGGGGCCUGUGUCAGGUUCUAAAGCUGAAUCUGACCCCAGUAGCAGCUCGCCUACGGCAAAUGGUGAGGAGAGACCAGGAAUAGCAACAGCAGCUGCUGAGGAUACUAAGGAAGCGUCAGAGGUUGCACCCGAAGGGCUUGAAGCGGCAUCGGAAGAGUCAGAAGGAGCAUCUGAAGGGCUAGAAGAGGCAUCCAAAGGGUCAGAAGACGCACCCGAAGGGUCAGAGGGGGCAUCCGAAAGGUUAGAUGAGGCGCCUACAGGGUCAGAGGAGACACUGAGUGAAGCUCAAGGUACACAGGAGCAAAAUGACGAAACAGCCGAGCAGUCAGAGAAGGCAGACAAUGCAGUAGAAUCAAGCCUUUCGCAUCCAGCUCCCAAGCAAGCGUCUCUUCCAGGGGCAGCGGCGGGAUACCCAGACCAGCCAGUACAGGCUCCCGCCGCCAUUCAAGGACAGCCCCCCCCUCUAGAGCAGGUGCCUCUUCAGUCUGAAGGCUUACCGCAAUCAUCUGUUCAUGAGACGACCGCAGAGACACAGAAUUCCGCCCUUGCUCCCAAUAAGGAGUCUACUGAAGCGGGUAUGCCCCCCGCAGUUCCUCCUACACCGGUGACGGAGGAAAACCAGGAUGUCCAAAAUGAAGCAGAUAUACGUGCAUCGCCAGAAGAAAUCUUGUCUACACUCCCUGCUGAGGAGGAGGCGUCCCAGAAUGCUGCCGCUACUCCUCCACCCCCCGAGAACGCAGAGGGGCCCCCAGCAGAGGCCCCCAGUGGUCGUUUUUUAACCAUUCCCGGCUCUGAAGACAGCCCUGAGGUACCCGAAGUACCCGGGCAAUCUGAUCUUGUAGUGCGCUGGACUCGGGCGUUUCUUUCAAAGGGCCGGGCAGCGUUGCACAUGAUGACGCAUGCAAACAUCCUCCGGACCUUCCAGAACCGUUCCGAGGAAGUGCGCCCCAGCCACGCUCUGAUGCGCAACCUGGCUAAGAACUUCCAGGCGCUAAAGCAGCAAGUGGAAGAGGCAAGAGCCCUUCAGAGCCAACCAGCAACACAAACAGCAGCCGAAGUAGCAGCAGGCAAUACCCUUUGA